UUGGGCGAGAGACCCAUUCGUUCGGGUAGCACGGUACAUAUCGCAUGGCACAUUGUUGUGCCUCCAUUUAAAAAAAAUUAAAUCAACAAGAAGAAAAUAACAUCAAUUAGACUGAACACAUAAAUUCGUCAAUUUAAUUAAUUACGAGCCCAUAUCGCCAGUAUUUUCAACAACUUUAUCGUAAAAACAGACUGAUAAACCAUGUCAACCUCGAUUACCGCGUUGUUCGGCAACACAUCCAAAUUAUUCAACAGUUUUAAUUAUUUAUCGUGUGGCAUUGGAGGCGCGAGGAGGAACUUCAGCGUGUCCAGCAGCAGGAAAAUGAGACUCGUCCAGUUCCAGCUGAAGUCGGGCGGACCCCAGCAACUUGGUGCCCAAAUCGCGGCCAACGGGGACAUAUUCCAUCUCAGCGCCGUCGACUCGUCCAUCCCCAACAAUCUGGUGAAGUUUUUGCAGGGCGGCGUGCCCCUCUACGAGAAGGCGAAGAGAGUUUUGGCCGCCGGCAAAUCACUCGUGGCGCUUAACGACGUCCACCUACUGUCUCCGGUCACCAAACCCGACAAAAUCGCUUGCGUGGGCUUAAACUAUACCGGUCACUGUGACGAACAGAACAAGCCCUACCCCAAGGAACCCAUCAUAUUCAGCAAGUGGUCUUCGGUUAUAACUGGACCCAACGACAACGUGGUACUUCCUUCGAUCUCCAGCAGAGUCGAUUGGGAAGUGGAACUGGCGGUGAUUAUAGGAAAAAAAGCGAAGGCGAUCAGACCGGACCAAGCCAACGAUCACAUUUUCGGUUACACCGUUGCUCAAGACAUCAGUGCCAGAGACUGGCAAAAGGAUAGAAAUGGCGGUCAGUUCUUGUUGGGCAAAUCCAUGGACACGUUCUGUCCAUUGGGCCCCGUGGUCGUCACCAAGAAUAAGAUCGAUCCUAAUAACUUGAAAAUCAAGUCUUGGGUCAACGGCAAAUUGAAACAGGACGGAAACACCUCUGAACUGAUCUUUAAAAUCGAUUUUUUGGUCUCAUACUUGUCUCAGAUUGUUACGUUAUAUCCCGGAGAUGUAAUCUUAACUGGCACCCCAGCAGGCGUCGGAAUGCACAGGAAUCCACCGGAAUUUUUGAAAAAGGGGGAUGUGCUUGAGAGCGAAAUUGAAGGAAUUGGCAAAUUGAGAAACGUGAUUGUUUAAGACUUAAGAACCAAACUACAUUAAUCUUGUAUAAUUUUUUUAUAUUGUAUGUUUAUAAAUAUGUAUUAUUUUAUAAGGUAUUCCAUAAAAUUUAUAUUUAUGCAAUAAAACAUACUAAAAUAA